CUCCCCCUAAGUUUAUACACUGAGCUUAUUGAACUAUUUUUUAAAAAAGGUUGCCACCUCAAAUAAUAAACACCAAUUGAACUGAUUUGGUUUUUUAUAACUAAUAACUUAUAUGUCAUUCUUCUUUUAUGUGUUAUCCACUAUAUAUAAUAAUUAAUCUACCAUAUGGAGUACUUCUUUGACUGAAGGUUUAUAACUUAUCUCCUCAGAUCAGGACUUAAACAUGAAUUCUUUUGAGAGAUGCUCUUAUUAGACUACAUAUUUUGUUUCAUAGUGAGUAUGGCAAAGUUUGUCAAUAAACAUUGAGUGGUAAACGAAGGCAGAGAUCUAAAAGAUGCACAAUCUGCGGACGAUUAUUCUCAAAUCCGGAGCCGCACAUUUGUUUAGAGCAAUCGGUUAAAUCGAAAACUCCUCUCUUCUUUGCAUGCCUGAUUUUUCAUCUCAUGCCGAAAUUGACAUCGGUUUUCCUGAAUGAGUUGGCGUCCUUCGGCCUUAUCUUUGUCGCCAGAGUAUCUGCGUAUUCCGGUUGAGGCCGGCCUUUGCAAACUAUUUUCGUCAUAUGGCCGACUUUGUUUGCGAUUCGCGAUGAUAUAACAGAUCAGUCUAGAUCUAUGACCAAGAGAUCAGGACUUAAACAUGAAUUCUUUUGAGAGAUGCUCUUAUUAGACUACAUAUUUUGUUUCAUAGUGAGUAUGGCAAAGUUUGUCAAUAAACAUUGAGUGGUAAACGAAGGCAGAGAUCUAAAAGAUGCACAAUCUGCGGACGAUUAUUCUCAAAUCCGGUCACAUUUAUCAAGGUUGACUAUGUUUUUCCUUCAUUUUAAUAUACUUUACAAAAUAUACAACAAAAUUUGUAGGUCCCUGGACAGUAAAUUUUAAUUUUAAGUUAGUUUAGAACAGGAAAUGCAGGUGUUUGCUCAUCCAAAAAACUAGAUUUACCCGCAGCGUUGAAGAUAGAGAUCCCAUAAGCUUUGGCUUUGCCUCUUUCAAUGACCACAUCUUAUCUAGCUAAUUUGGAGUUAACUGGGUGUAGUAUGAAAACAACCAUCUCAUGCCAAAAAUUACAUACUCGGAGCUCUUAUUUAUGUGUACAUGAAUCUCGAUGCUCUUUAAUUGCUGGUUCACAAACAUCUUUAAAGCUGCACCCUCAAAGCAAGACGAAAACCAACAUCAUGUCCACAACUCCCGAUAGAAGCAGCCACAUUAGCAGUACAGAGAAUAAGGUUAGCAGUCUUACAUAUAAAGAUGCUGGAGUUGACAUUGAUGCAGGCUCAGAACUUGUCAGGAGGAUCGCCAAAAUGGCACCUGGAAUUGGCGGUUUUGGAGGCCUUUUUCCUUUAGGUGAUUCCUACCUUGUGGCUGGUACUGAUGGAGUGGGAACGAAAUUAAAACUUGCUUUUGAAACUGGAGUCCAUGACACUAUAGGGAUUGAUCUGGUUGCAAUGAGUGUUAAUGAUAUUGUCACCUCUGGAGCUAAACCUUUAUUUUUUCUUGAUUACUUCGCAACAAGUCGCCUUGAUGUUGAUAUGGCAGAAAAGGUGAUAAAAGGUAUUGUAGAUGGUUGCAAGCAGUCUGAUUGUGCCCUAUUGGGGGGAGAGACCGCAGAAAUGCCAGAUUUCUAUGCAAGUGGGGAGUAUGAUCUUAGUGGUUUUGCAGUUGGUAUUGUGAAAAAGAAUGAUGUUAUUGAUGGGAAGAAUAUUGUUGCUGGAGAUGUCCUCAUUGGUCUUCCAUCUAGUGGAGUUCAUUCAAAUGGAUUUUCCCUUGUCAGAAGGGUGCUCAAGAAAAGUAACCUUUCUUUGGACGACCAACUUCCCGGCAGCUCUACUACAUUAGGUGAAGCUUUAAUGGCCCCAACUGUGAUUUAUGUUAAGCAGGUACUUGAGAUUAUCAAUAAAGGUGGAGUUAAAGGGAUAGCUCACAUCACAGGAGGUGGUUUUACAGAUAAUAUACCUCGUAUAUUUCCUAAAGGUUUGGGAGCUGUUAUCUAUAAUGAUUCCUGGGUAGUUCCUCCUGUAUUUAAAUGGAUUCAAGAGGCGGGUAAAAUUGAAGAUGCUGAAAUGAGGAGGACUUUUAACAUGGGAAUCGGGAUGGUCCUGGUUGUGACCCCAGACAUGGCUCUUAAAAUUUUAGAGGACAACUCAUGCAAUGCUUUCCGUAUUGGUGAGGUAGUUGACAAAGAUGGAGUAAGAUACCAUUAACAGUGGAGGCAAGAGCAUUCUGUAUCAGUAUAAGAUAUGUUUUUCUCACAUUCUUCAUCUCAGGGCUCUGGAAAAUUACUGAGCAGUGGAAUGUGAUAUAAGCAGGUUCAUGAUUUUGUAGAAAUAAAACAGGCCAAACUGUAGGGGUUAUGUAGACUAGUGUGAAGUUGGCCAUCUCAGUUUUACUAUUUUAUCGAAGUUGGUUCUCAUUUUGUACUAUGAAAGCUGUCAAUUUAGCUCAAAAACUCUUUAACAGAGAUCCCUUUGGUUCUACAUUUUUUUAAAUCAAUUUUGACAUUCAGCUCCAUUGGACCAAGGGAGUGUUUGCAUGAACUUAAAAGUCUAUAAUUUGAGUUUGUAAGCCAGUUUGGCUAAAUAUAUUUAAAACUUUUCCUCAGAAACUAUCAAGGGGCCUAUCCCAUGUCAAUAACAACAACAUUACCCAG